AUGGUCUUAGUUCAUAGGGCAGUCUUCGAUCUGUCUCAUGUGCCUAUUGUGAUUCGUGCUCCUCAGCUGGCCGCCUUCAGAGACUCCCACGAGUCUGUAGUCCAUAUCGCUUUCUCCCACGACUCAGCCUGUUGUGCCACGGCCCACUCGGACCAAUGCGUCUACCUCUACAAACUCUCUAUUGUACCGACUAAUCCGACCGCCCCUCGUGAGUGGGUCUUUGGAGGCAAGCUCCGCUCUCAUCAUCGGCCGAUAGCCACCCUUACAUUCAGUGGGCCCGAGGUCGGACCUGAACCGAGACUCUUCUCCAUCGGUCAAGACGGGCGAUUGGUCGAGUACAGUGUGAAGCACAGUUCGGAAGAUAGAGGCUUGUUCAUAACCAGUACGUGGACGAUUUCUCAGGAGGCCCGGCCCCUAGGGGCUAUGUGGUUCCCCUUCGGCGCUAGAGGGGAUCAUAGUAAGAUCCUCGUCUCCGAUGACCAUUUCAAAUUGAAGGUUUGGAAUACCAUUGAUGGCAACUGCAGAUCGACUUCGCUGGCGCCGAUAUUAGGCGGACCCCUGGAGAGGAUGGUGCCCCUGCCUAGACCUGAUCGUCAGAAGUUGACUGACGAGAUUGCCGAGGGCGAUGGGGCUUCAGAUUUGAUGAACCCGGCCAAUGACGAAGGGCAGUUCAUAGUAUUCACCAACACGGAGAGCGUACUUGGGAUCAUCCAGCUGCCUCUGGAUGGUAACCCGCACAAGUACAUGGGUAUCAUAGCCCACCCUGGAAAGGUGGCCGCUAUGGCCGUCAGUUACGAGGGUAAAUACGUCUUCACUGUCGGUGGUGCUGACCUUACGCUCAAUCAGUGGGCGGUGAACACCGAGUCUAUGGCGACUGUGUCGAGUCUGGCCAAGGCGGCCGAUUUUGAUGGUAUCGAGUCGUACAUGUCGAUGAUCGAAGGAGGCAGGGAGGGGGAGCUCCUUAAAGACAUGAAGCAGUUCUUCUACUAUAGUCAACUGAGGAGCCAAGGUGAACAGACGAUGCGGGCCAGAAAGCUGGAUGGGAUGAUUCCGAUUGCGGAAAUACCCAACAUGAUGUGCGCAUUAGGAUUCUUCCCUAGUCAAUUGGAGAUCCAAAAUAUGACUGCUGAGGUUCGGUAUUCGAGGUUCUUCGAAACUGGUCGGUAUGUGGAGAAGAUUACCUUUGAAGAAUUCGUGAGGUUAUACGUGAACCACAGACCGACCUUCAGCACUGAGGGAAGGGAUGUCGUCGAUGCUCUACUGGCGUUGAUAAGGAAGGAAGAGACG